AUGAUGAAAGUGGCGAAGAACAUGGGAGAGUCCCUGCCCGGGACGAAAGCCAUAAAUAUAAUCUCACGGGCACGAAAGCCGCCACCGCUUACAUCAUCAUCCUCGUCAUCAUCAUCGUCCUCUCCUCCGUUGUCCUCGUCAUCAUCAUUAACCGACGAGGAUUUGCAGCGGCUCGAGCAUGCGCCGCCCUUCUGGCGGAAUAAUAAUAAUCCCAACGCCUGUGGGGCCCGCAAGAAGCUCUCGAAACAGAUGUCACUACGCGAAAUCCCGCGCGACAUGGCCUGGGAGCGCCGCCGCCGCCAGUUCCUCUCUCAGGAGCACCGAAGGAGCAACAUUAAUAAUAAUAAUAAUAAUAAUAAUAACAAUAAUAAUAAUAAUAAUAAUGUGGGGGAAAUGAUGACGGAUCACGAUCUCACGGACGAGGACUUGAGUGAACUGAAAGGGUGUAUAGAGCUGGGGUUCGGUUUCAACGAGGAAAAUGGGCAGCGGCUCUGCACUACAAUCCCGGCCCUUGACCUGUACUUUGCGGUCAACAGGCAGUUCUCAACGAGCCCGGUUUUGAGCCCAAAUAGCAACGGUAGCUCGUCAAACAUAGGGGGAAGCCCCAUGAGUGACUCCGAGUCCAACUGGAAGAUUUGUAGCCCGGGUGAUGAUCCUGAACAUGUGAAGACAAAGUUGAGGCAUUGGGCACAAGCAGUGGCGUGUUCUGUGAGGCAAUCUUCUUGA